AUGUCCAGUUUGAAGAAUUGUCCCGUAUACGGCGUUAUAUUUUUAUUCAAAUGGGUUAGUGGACAGUCGAGAAACACGUCCAAUCCUCAAGACGGGAAAUACGAUCAUGGAGCGGUUGAAGAUGGCCUUUUCUUUGCUGCCCAGACGAUACAGAAUGCUUGUGGUACACAAGCGGUCCUAUCUGUGAUACUCAACCAAGACAGCCCAUCAACAUCCACCAGGGGAAUCGACAUUGGCUCCGAGCUACGUUCUUUCAAGGAGUUUACUACCGGAUUCCCUCCUGACCUCAGGGGCGAAACGUUGAGCAAUUCAGCCCGGAUCCGCAGCGCCCAUAAUCUGUUCGCUCGCUCGUCUCCUUUUGUAGACGAAACCUCGCGCCCACCUCCAUCAGAAGAAGAUGCAGAACUAUACCAUUUCAUCGCCUACCUUCCCUUUGGCGGCAAGUUGUACGAGUUGGACGGGUUACAACCACAUCCAAUAACUCAUGGACCCUGCAGUUCAGAAGAAUUCCCGGAGAAGGUUAUUGAUGUUCUUCAUCGACGAAUUGGGCGGUACCCCGAAGGAGAGAUUCGAUUCAAUCUCAUGGCUGUUGUGAGGGACUUGAGGAUACGUGCACAAGAGAUUGGGGAUGAAGAGAUGCUGGAUAGAGAGAAGAGAAAGAGAGAAAAUUGGGCUUGGGAAAACUCGCUGAGAAAGUGUAACUUUAUUGACUUUACAGGACAGCUUUUGAAGGGGGUUGUGGGCAUGAAGUUAAAGCAAGGUACGGAGGAAUAUGACAAGUGGAUAGAAGAUGCAAAGAAAGCAACUAGCAAACGGACAGAAUCCAAACGCUCAAACCGGCUUGGAUAG